UGUUCUCCAUGUACAAGUUGAAAAAUGCUGAUCUUUCUUCCAAUUCUGUAGGCAAUACUCAUCUUCGUACCUCCCUGUCGCUCCAGUCUCAUCCCCCGCUCCUUCCUCUCGAGCAUCCUCUCAAGAUACUUCUAGACGUGGGAAGGAUUCCAAGUCUCGACAAAAUGACCCGAAUAAUGUGAAACGGCGCUCCACCAUGAACAGCCGUGAUGCUGCAUAUGAUGAAGAGGAGCAGCUUCGGCGUGCGAUUGAGGAGAGCAAGGAAGAUACAAAGUCCGAUGGAGAGGAAACAGUCACACGGAGGGGCAAGAGAAGUCGAAGCGACAGCGAAGCUCACAGGCAAACGUCGAAAAGACAGCGAACGAGCUCACCAACCCCAACCGCCGCCUCGAAACAAAGUCAUUCCAAUUCCCAGCCUGCUUCAGAAGACGAGUCGAAAGCAAAGCUAGCCACGAACGGAGCUAAAAAACAGCGAGCAACGUCUCGAGGCCAUCGCGAAAAAGAAACCAAAGAUACAGAGGAACCAGAAGCUGAACGACCAGAGACAGGGAACCGUAGGAAAGGAAGGACGGAAAAGCGGAAGGACGAUGCAGAAUCUGAGCAUGAGGUUGGGUCACCACCAAAAUCAGCCGUUAAUGAACCAGAACCUUCGCAGCCUAGCCCUGAUACCCCUGCGGUCGCUCAAGAGCCUGCACCCUCUCGUCCGUCGACACGCAAAUCUGGCCGCCCACCCGCGCGCCGUGGUGCUCGAGUGGGACGCAACCAAUACACCAGGGAUCGUGAUACCAAUGGCAAUGGAGCAGAGUCGAACAUGCUGAACUCUCCACGCCGAGGACAUUCGAAUGAUACCGGUGGGGACUCACCUCGAGUAGGAGGUGCAAAUGGAACGCAUUUGAAUGGCACAGAACUUGGGAAACCGAGCAGGCCACGCUACAUAAACCCACAGCGGACAACGAUGCCCGACAUGAAGAGACGUGUAGCUGCGAUCCUUGAAUUCAUCUCACGGAUGCAAGUUGAGAUGGCUGUGGCCGGCGAGAGCUCCCCUGCUAGCAAUGGGGAUCGGAUGCACGGCACUCUUCUCAAAAACAUGGUCGACUCACUCGAGACCUUUAUUCCAUCGGGUAGCAGUGAUGGCGGAGAGUCCGGUCCAGCCACCGACGGCGAAUCCGGAGCCGUCCAGCCACCGAAGGAGAAAGAUUUCAAGGAUCUCAGCAGUGUUGAGAUGAUGGACGUGCUUACACGGCAUCUUCUAAAAUGGCAGCAGGAGUUUGGCAAAUUUCCAGAGAGGUGACACCGCAAUCGACUAACUCGACACCCCUAUACCUCAGUAACCACCAUCGCCUUCACUGUUUCACUUCUUUCUCUUGUUUUAAUACUCGAAACCCCAUUUGUUGUUGAGGUUUCGAGAAUGCACGAUACCCUCCUCGACUCUUAUCUCAUCGCACCUGUGGAUAUGUAUACUACGGCUUCUGGAACAGCAUCUUGAACUUACCUCAUCGGGCACGGCGUCGCGAGAAUCUCAUGGCAUCAAUAUUAUUGUUUUAU